UGUCUGCAGAAUAUGUUUCAAAAACGUUUUCUUUUUAAACAUGUAGUAAUGGACUAAUUGUGCAUAUAAGAAACUGUAAACUAAAUAAAAUGUGGUGUCAUAAACUGUGUUGCAGAUGUGUGGGCCAAGUAGCGUAAGCAGAGGUCAUGGAAGAGGCAGCGUGGUUGGUGGGCCGCUCCGUCUCUGAGGGCUCAGCGCGGCCUGGCUUCGGCACCAUGACCUACACCGAAGAUAGGCUUGCUGGCACAGAAGGCGCGGGCGAGCCGGGAUCCGCGUCGGCGAGCGGCCCGCCUGACAACCCACCUGACAACGAGAGCGGCGAGCUGCUGGACGGCGGCGACGCAUCCGCCCUCGAGCAGUUCCACGAACAGGCGCUCAGGCAGGCGGGUUGUGGGCUAUCCCAAGUGCGGGUGGUGGUGGCAUGUGGUCUGGCGGUGGCCGGCGCUUCACUGGAGCUCUCAGCCAUACCCUUCAUACUGCCGUCUGCUGAGAUCGAGCUCUGCAUACUGCCGCAUGAAAAGAAUUGGCUCGUGCUAAUCAGCUUAGUGGGCGGCGCGCUGGGCGGUGCGUUCUGGGGCUCGCUGGGUGGGCGGCUGGGGGCGCGGCGAGCGCUGCUGUCGGCGCUCGCCGUCAAUGCGGUAUUCGCCGCCGUCGCCGCCUUCAUGCCCACCUACGGCACCUUCAUGAUGGCCAGGUUCAGCUCGGCGCUGGGGUCGGGCGGCGUGGUGCCGUCGUCGUACACGUACGUGGGCGCCAUGUCCCCGCGCGGGUCCCGCGGGCGCGCGCUGGCGGCGCUGCCGGCGGCGGCGGGCGCGGGCUGCCUGGCCGCCGCCGCGCUGGCCCGCGCCGCGCUGCCACUCACCGGCGCCUCCACGCUCACGCAGAACAACGACCACUUCAGCGCCUGGCACCGAUACUUGCUUCUAUGCACGCUACCGAUCCUGGCUUCACUGGUCAGUCUUAUCUGGACACAGGAGUCGCCGAGGUUCCUUCUCGAAGUGGGGCGAGAAGUCGACGCGAUGACAGUUUAUCAGAACAUCCACAGCGGCAAUCAGAUCCGUUUCUGCGGGAAGGCGAACGUGGCGGCCGCUAACAGCCGCGCGCCGACAUACCACCUCGGCGAACUCUCCCUGCCGGGCAAGCGACGACCGCCUGUCCGGUGCAAUAGCGUCGAGAUGUUCUGGGUGACGAUAUUCCAGCUGUUUUCAACCACAUAUCGUCGUACCACGCUCUGUCUCGGCGGUAUACUGCUAUUUACCACAGCCCUACAGUUCUACCUGUCAUCCUAUGUACCAUCGACAGUCAUAAACACUUCGAGUGACCUCUUCGAGGCGUCCAAGAUAAUAAUAGAGAAUACAACGUACCACAACGAACAUUAUAACAGGACGUUGGAGAAUGUCCAUUAUAGCAAUGUCAGCUUCACUAACUGCACCUUCAGAGACAUGCUACUGUCCCACGUGGCGUUCAGGAAUUGCUCGUUCUAUGAUGUCGCCUUCCUCAAUAUCAAGACAUCAUACACUUUCUUCGGGGGAUGUCUGUUUGUAAACAGCACUAUAAUAGACACAGACAUGGAGCUGGGCCGCGAGCUGGACGAGUGGUGCGUGUUCAACUCCACAGUGCUGCGCGGCAUGCAGCGCGGAUGCAGCAGACAUGCAGAUCUGACGUCGAGGCUGCACCCGCUCGCCGCUGAACAGAGUUACGUAGCACACGCCAUGCUGGCAGCAGCUGUGUUAGCGCUUCUACCACAAAAACUGAGACCGAUGGUGGCGUUGUGCGGCGUGUGUGUGCUGCUAUCUCCGUCUAUCUACCUGGCGAAGAGCGAGACGGCGCUAUACAUAGUGGAGGCUGUAUACCGGGUGUUCCUCACUCUAAUAUACUUCACAGUCGGCUACGAGGUCGUUGAACACUACCCUGCUAAUGUCAGGACGACAGCGCACGGGCUGAUGCUGAGCAUAUCGUACGCGGGCGGCGCCCUGGUGCGCGGGCUGGGCAACGGCGGCACCAUCGUCAGCACCGUCACGUGCGCCGCGCUGGCCGCCGCCGCCACCGGCCUCGCCGUGCGGGCGCGGUAGGCAACCAAUUUCUUCGACGCUCUCAAGAGUGAUAAGUAUUUUUCUUUUUACACGGCGACAUUCUGUGAACAGCAACUUCACAUCAUUCAUUGUAAAAAAAAAGACAUUAGAUUAAGAAAUUAUACAUAAACAGCCUAUAUACUGCUGGAUACAGGCCUGCCCUCAAUCAACCGGAGGGGGUAUGGAGCAUACUCCACCAUACUCCACUGCGGGUUGGCAUAUAUGUAUAAAGGUAUAGUUACAUUUUUGCAAAUACAUUGAUAAUGUACAUGUGAUACAUUGAUGUGUCUUGCCAGAUUAAUACCAAAGGUCGUAACAUAGGGUAACUAAUAUACCACGCAGGAGCGGAUCAAAAAUAAAUUAAAUAAAAAUGAAAAAAUAAAAUGAAAUUGAAUUGAAAUUGAUCCAGCUUUUAUAUCGGGGGUCUCACCAGCAGUAUAUGCUUAACGUGCCUUCCGAAGCACGGAUCAUUUUAAUUUCGGAUUCACCAGGACACCAGGGUUGAUGAGGUUGGUAAUUCACCUCACAACCCACAGGAUACACUAUCUCUAAAACGUGCAAAGCCACAAGUAAUCAAAGAAAAUAAACAGACAACUUUCAGUAAUUCUUAAUAUGAAGUCCAUGGGCUGAUGUCGGUUUUAACGACACGCCCGCUUCAAAAGAUAUUCUGUCAAAUAAAUUGCAUAUGAACGAAGCAAUAAAUAACUCAAUUUAAAGCAAUGAUACUAAUAUCAAAAUGAUAAUAACAUUUAAAAUAAUGACAUUAUUUACCUGAAUGCGACAAUGUUUAUAAUGACUGGCUUUCCAGGUUACGCGCCCCUAAAAAAAUACAGAAGGCGCUGUUCAGGUUAAACAAGAUAACUACCUAUUUUCUUAUCACUCGGGUACAUAAUUAGUCAAAAAUAUAAUCUAAUUGUAGAGGCAUAGAUAAAAAUUAACGUUCCUUGAUAUUUGAAUCAGAUACGGUAUAGAAUUAUGUUGCUACCUAUAUUGCUUCUCUAUAUUUUGAUCAGAAUAAUAAUGGGUGGAAGAUGUAAUUGUGCCUGGGUGUAAAAUCAAGGGUCAUCAUUAUAAACCUCUGUGGUCCAGUGGUUGAGCGUUGGACUCACGAUCCGGAGGCCCCGGGUUCGAAUCCCGGUGGGGACAUAUCACAAAAUUCACUUUGUGAUCCCUAGUUUGGUUAGGACAUUACAGGCUGAUCACCUGACUGUCCGAAAGUAAGAUGAUCCGUGCUUCGGAAGGCACGUUAAGCCGUUGGUCCCGGUUACUACUUACUGAUGUAAGUAAGUAGUCGUUACAUGAGCUAUGUCAGGGGCCUUUGGCGGCUCAAUAGUAACCCUGACACCAGGGUUGAUGAGGCAAGUAUUCCACCUCACAACCCACACGAUAAGAAGAAGAUCAUUAUAAACCCAAAAAAAAAAACAAAGAUAAAAGAUGCAUAUGUCUGAAAAAGGUUAAACGAAGGCGUUAUAUAACGCCAUCUAUUUUUAUAUUAAAAACAAAAAAAUGUGACGGUGCUGUAUAGAGUUGCCUUCGCUUAGCCUUCUAAUUUCAUGGAUAACAGACAUAUGCAUCUUUUAUCUUUGUUUUUGGGUAUAAAUGAUGACCCAUCCAGCACAACACAUCAUCCACCCAUUAUUAUUCUGAUCAAAAUAAAGAGAAGCAAUGUAGGUAGCAACACAAUUCUAUACCGUUUCUGAUCCAAAUAUCAAGCAAUAUUUAUUUUUAUGUAUCACUAAUUUAAGAGCCACGCUCUUGUCCGUGUAGCAUUCUCCGUGCUACUUUUUUAGGGAAAAAUAGGGCAGUGGUUUCCCUCUUGCCUUCCGCCCAAAUUUUUAUUAAUGCCUCGGUCAUGUUUUUUUUUUUUUUUUUUU